UCACUUGAACGUUGAAACUGAGCAGUUCAUGAUGAUCCCGACAGUAAAUUUAGUUUUGUUUCUAUCUUUCGUUUAUGGCACUCUCGGUUCAUCCUGCCCUGCAAGCAGUCCCCUAUCGUUUUAUGUAGAAAAACUACAUAAUGCCACAGAAGAAAUCAUCACUGACAUGCAAACAAUUGUUCUACAGUCUGCUGCAAUCGCUAAUAUCACUAGCAACCAGGAAGGGCCUCCAAAUGUGACAACACUUUACACUGCUCUUACUGCUACUCUCAAUGUAACACCAACAGAAAAUGGACUGGAUGAAUUUUCUGAUGCAUUUGAUGUCAUUACUGAUGCAUACUUCAAGGCAUGCUAUGGCCCAGAAGAAGAGAAGCCCAGUCAAUCAGAUGCUCAAAGUAUUCUUACUGAUUUCCUUUCUCUCCUUGAGAAUAGAAGCGACAUAACAAGGAUGAGGCAGUUGUUUGGUGAGCUGUCAUGCCUACAGAAUUUUAGCAACGCAUCUUUGUCUCAUGUUUCUAAAAGAUCUCUGAUAGUUGCUGAUUUGUCUGUUUGUGCCAUGGCUACAAGUAUUAGCCUACUCUACAAGUGUCUAGAUACUAAUGAUCAGUUAGACUGUAUAUUUAACUUAAAUGAUCCUAAUAACUGCACAACAACUGAUGGCCAGCCUCUUUAUGUAAAAGAAAAGAAACAUUGUCUUGCAUUUGUUGUUGAUACUACUGGUAGUAUGGGGGCUGAGAUUGGUCAUGCCAGGGAUGUUAUUCAGCAUUUCUUACAAAGUGAAGAAAAUAAUAUAACACUGUGUUAUGUCCUGGUUCCUUUCAAUGAUUAUGGAUACGAAAGUGUAGCAAAUUUUAAACAAAAUUUGGACUUUGAUAGGAUUUAUGAUGCCAACUAUCACAGCAACAUUUCUAAUCAGUAUCCUUCAUUCUCAAUGACAAACACUAGCAUUACUGUUCGAGGGGUUAAUGAUCUAUUGACAGAUGUUAACAGUUUAACAGCAAAUGGAGGUGGAGAUUGUCCAGAAUAUGGAAUGACUGCAAUACUUGCAGCAAUAGACCUUAUUGAUGGCAUUAACAGGCAAAAAGUCCAAAAUGAAGGAAAGCAUAACAUAAUAGUGCUAACUGAUGCUUCAGCAAAAGAUGAUUCGUUAUAUCAAAGUGUCAUUGAUGCUGCCAAUGCUCAAGAUAAACCAGAUGUAACAGUACAUUUCUUUUACAGUGGGUCUGGAUGUGGUUCAGAUGGCUUUGGGCAUUAUGAAGAUAUCAAAAAUGCUACAGGAGGUGUUAGCGUGAACCAAAUUGAUGCAGCAAAUUUCCAAAUAUUUGCAGACUUUAUUACCGGGUCAUAUGACUCAGACAGUAGUAAAAGAAAAAGAAGAAAUACGCCCAAUUCAUGUCAAUAUUUUCAGAUAUCACAUUUUGUUCGUCGAUUCUCAUGCCUUAUUGAAACAUCUUCAAGUUCCAUUACUAUUACCAAGCCUGAUAGCAGUAGUCACAACAUUGCAACAUUUGCCAAUAGUUUUGCUGUUUACAAAGAUACAAACCCACAGCCUGGGAACUGGAGGGCAUGCGUUUCUUCAGGAACACUUCAACUUUCUCUAACUUCAUCAGUUUCUCUUGAAUUGGAUGUAGAUUAUUUAAAGGAAAGUGAAAAUGGGGAAUUACUCCCAACAAAGCAGCUAUUGCCAUAUGCCUGUGAUACCCAUACUUUCACAAUAUCAUCUCCUCAAUUCAGUAACAUUUCUCUUGCCUAUCCACUCUAUUUGGAAAUUAUUGACAACCUUAAUAAUGUUCUUGAGUAUGCUCAGCUAAGUGAAUGUGGAGGCUUUCUUUCAGGAUCACUGACACUACCCCAUGGAUCAGUCCAGUACCAGCUACGUGGACACGAUAUUGGAGGAAUACCAUUCACUCAUGUUGUCCCAGACUCGUAUAUCACAUUUGAUGCUCCAUCAAUACAAGUUGAACUUAAAGGAAAGUCUACCAUUGUUCUCAAUCCAGGAGGGACUUCAUUAGCUCGCAUUGCUGUAUCAAAUAUCAAGAGUGGUCCUAAGUCACUUGAAGCUUCUGUGUCUAUUAUAAUGCACCCUCAAGUUAAUGUCAAUGUUGAUACAAUGCCAUUUACAAUUGAGCCGAUGCAGCAAGAAAAGGAGCUUCAAAUAACAUUUGAUGCUUCAGAAACUUUAACAGUAGGGCAAACUUUAGCAUGGUCAGUAGUCAUACUUGACUCAUGCUCCAAUGAACCAUUGAUGAUAAACUUUACUGCUAUCGUGAAACCAACAAUACCUUUUAAUGUAACAAGCACCAGUAGAUCAAUGAUAUCAUUUGAAUGGUUAUCACCAGUUGAUCCUACACUAGGAAAUAUAACCCACUAUGUGCUAACACUAGACUACACCAAUGGAACAAUUGCUACAGUUAAUGUCUCUGGUGAUAUUAACCAGUAUCAAGUGAAUGAGCUAUCACCAUAUCAACAAGUCUAUGCUAGUAUAGUGGCUCACAGUGACAAUGGAGAAACAGCAGAAAUUGCACCAAUUGCUGUACUGACUGAUCAAGCAGAGCCUGGACCAGUCUCACAGUUAGCAACACAAUCAAUCUCAGAAACAUCUGUCCUUAUAUCAUGGUCACUACCUCAAGAACAGAAUGGAAUAAUCUUAUUCUAUGAAGUGUCCAUUAUGGGAUUAUACAAUGAGACUCACAACUCUUCAGUAUAUAACAUCAAAAUUGAUGACUUAAAUCCAUACACACGUUACACUGCAGUGGUGAGUGCUGCCACUUCUGCUGGUAAGGGACAGCCGAUUACUCUUGAAUUUUAUUCAUUAGAAGGAAAGCCUGGACCAGUCUCACAGUUAGCAACAGAGUCAAUCUCAGAGACCUCUGUCCUUAUAUCAUGGUCACUACCUCAAGAACAGAAUGGAAUAAUCUUAUUCUAUGAAGUGUCCAUUAUGGGAUUAUACAAUGAGACUCACAACUCUUCAGUAUAUAACAUCAAAAUUGAUGACUUAAAUCCAUACACAAGUUACACUGCAGUGGUGAGUGCUGCUACUUCUGCUGGUAAGGGACAGCCAAUUACUCUUGAAUUUUAUUCAUUAGAAGGAAAGCCUGGACCAGUCUCACAGUUAGCAACAGAGUCAAUCUCAGAGACCUCUGUCCUUAUAUCAUGGUCACUACCUCAAGAACAGAAUGGAAUAAUCUUAUUCUAUGAAGUGUCCAUUAUGGGAUUAUACAAUGAGACUCACAACUCUUCAGUAUAUGAAAUCAAAAUUGAUGACUUAAAUCCAUACACAAGUUAUACUGCAGUGGUGAGUGCUGCUACUUCUGCUGGUAAGGGACAGGCAAUUACUCUUGAAUUUUAUUCAUUAGAAGGAAAGCCUGGACCAGUCUCACAGUUAGCAACAGAAUCAAUCUCAGAAACAUCUGUCCUUAUAUCAUGGUCACUACCUCAAGAACAGAAUGGGAUAAUCUUAUUCUAUGAAGUGUCCAUUAUGGGAUUAUACAAUGAGACUCACAACUCUUCAGUAUAUAACAUCAAAAUUGAUGACUUAAAUCCAUACACACGUUAUACUGCAGUGGUAAGUGCUGCCACUUCUGCUGGCAAAGGGCAACCAACAAUGCUUGAAUUUUAUUCAUUAGAAGGAGUCCCAAAUCGUUCUCCAAGUUUGACAAAUCAUACUAUUUUGACAUCAGAGUCAGUCAUACUUGAAUGGAAUCCACCACCUGUUCAACACAGAAGAGGAUUCAUCCAGAAUUACAUGGUGAAAGUGCAAUACAAGCAAAAACUGGAUAUUUAUAAUAUAUCUGAAACAUUUCUUUAUAUAUCAGGGUUACCAAAAUAUUCUGAUAUUAAUGUCUUGGCUUCUAUCAGCUCAUCUGUUGGACAAGGUCCUUUUAGCAGACCAUACCUCAUCCACAUAUUUACAGGAGUUGCUAGUGCUCCACAGAACUUUACUGCUACAGCUACCAGCAGUAGCUCAGUGUUACUUGAAUGGGCGAAUCCUGAGUCUCCAAAUGGAAAAAUACUUUACUACCAGCUCUACUUUAGCAAUGAUAAUGAUACAUAUCAAGUUCUUAAUUUCACAAUUUAUGAAAACUCAUAUCAUUUUCAAGAUCUUGAUAGCAGAGAGUAUUAUUUUAUUGUUAAUGCUAUUAAUUAUGCUGGAACGGGUGACAACUCAUCAGAAAUCUAUGUUUCACUAUCAACAUCAACUGCUAAACCUAGUGCAAAUGUAGCAGCAGUUGUUGUUCCAUCAGUGCUUGUUAUUUGCUUGGUCAUUCUAAUCCUGGUAGUCAUUGCUGUUGUUGCAUUUAUAUAUUUCAAAAGAGGCAAAGGAAAGAAAUCUAUUGUUUUGCCGUACAUGAAAGAAAAUUACAACUUUGAACACGAUGAGGAGAAUGGCCAAAGAGAAAACAAGGAAAUGAAAAAGAAGGAGGAUCAUUUUGAGGAAGAAGUUGAACUUAAUGAAAAAGACUGAAAAAGAAGAAUAUCACAUGCAAUUAGUGCAUCAGUGUAUUUUGUGUAACUAGAGUCUAACUUUAGGCCUUAUUUUUAGUAUUCUUGUCAUACAUUUUAUUUGCUUUAGUUUAGGUUGGAUGUUAUGUGCACCUUAUUAAUUAUCAAUUAUUCUAG